CUCUCCCUGCCGUUAAGGGAUGGAGCCCCCCAACGCCACCUUGUCCCCUGACCUGUCCCUGCCACCCCCCGGCUCCCUGUCAUGGGACGGGCAACUGCUGGUGGCUUGCACCGCGCUGGGGUUGCCGGCCAACGCCUUCACCCUGUGGCUGACGGGCUGGCGCCUGCGGGGCCGCGGGCUGGCCACCUUCAUCCUCAGCCUGGCCGCUUCCGACUUCCUCUUCCUCGCCAACUCGAUCCUGCAGAUCUGGUCGGUGGCCCACCGUCACCAGUGGGUGCUGGGCACCCCGCUGUGCCGCCUCCACAAGUUCCUCUACGGUUUGGGUUACUACAGCGGGCUUUUCUUACUGGCGGUCAUCAGCCUGGACCGUUUCCUGUUGGUAGCCACCCCGCUGUGGUACCGGUGCCGGCGACCGGCCCGUUUACCGGUGACAGUUGUGCGCGGGAGCCUGGCUGGCGGCCAUCGGUUGUAGUGUCCCGGAGGUGGCGUUGUCGGCGGCGGAGGAGACGCUGCCCUGGUUUGCUGGUUUGCAGGAGCGAGAGGGGGAGCUGGGAGGUGCCGAUGCGGUGGCUGGAGGUGGUGGUGGAAGGGCUACUGCCCUUCAGCGUGGUGGUCGCUUGCCACGGGGCCACCUUGGUGCUGGCCCGGUGUCGGCGCGGUCGCCCGCCCACCCGGUUUCAGCACAUCGUGGCGGCCACGUUGAGCAGCUACGUGUUGCUGCAUCUGCCCUUCCAGGUCACCCAGUUGGUGCAGUUGGUGGCCCCCGGCUA